GAUAGAUGGGUGUGUCCCAACGACAGACAGCUUGCUCUGAGAGCAAAGCUAGGGACAGGAUGGUCUGUACAUACCAACAGACUGUCAUCAUUUCAGAAAGCUAAACAGCUAAAUUUAGAUGAACAGGAACAGAUCAUGAGGGUGAUGCAGAGAGCAGAAUAUUUAGAUGAUUCAGAACAAGAAAGAAUUGGGCGUUUGGUAGAAAAAUUAGAGAAUAUGAAGAAGAACAGUAUAGGAAAUGGAACAACACAGUGUGUAUUAUGUGGGGAUGAGUUUGGAUUAUUAGGUUCUUCACCUACCUUCUGUGAUGAUUGUAAAAAGGCUGUAUGUUCUAAAUGUGGAGUAGAUACUGUGAACAGUAUGAGACAACCAUUGUGGUUGUGUAAAAUCUGUAGUGAACAGAGAGAGGUGUGGAAGAGAUCUGGUGCCUGGUUUUUUAAAGCUAUACCAAGAUACGUGAUACCAGAGAAA